CCAUUCGAGAAAUUGUAAAAGAAACUGAAUCGUAUGAAGAUGGGUUCCUUGAAAAUGUUGGUUAUAUUCGCUCUCACCGUUCUCAUUGCUAUGUCCUCUGAUCUAGUCUCCGGUAAUAUUGCACCGGGGAAGGCUUCAAAUCCACUGUGUUUCAAUCCUUGCACUCCUACGUUUGGCAGCAACGAAUGCAAAACGUUUUGUGUGAAUAAGAAAUACAAAGAGGGUUCUUGUGUUGGUUUUGGAAUUCCCCCUACUUUCAAAUAUUGUUGUUGUAAUAAUUAAUUCUCAUUGUUAAUUAGAGUUUGAACGAUAAUAAUACUCCAUUGUUAUACUUUUACUAUUA